CCCGAUGUGGAAACAAGUCUCUCCUACCCUACUGGCCCGGUCGUCCGAAGCCGAAUCCAACGGCGGCGCGCGCGGCUCCCCCUUUCCUCUUCUUCUCCACCGUCUUCCUUAAGACCGCCGCCUCCCUCCUCCUCGUCGCCCGUAACAAGCCCCUCCGGCCGAGCUGUUGAGGGCGCGGAGGCGCUUCGUGUUUUUUCUUGGGAGCCGGGCGGUCGCGGUGGCCUUCGGAAGGAACCAUGGACAUUGUGUGUGAAGUAUGCGGAGAUAUUGGUUUUAGGCAUCUUCUGUUAUGUUGCAGAGACUGCAAGUGUUCUGCUGUGCACCAAUACUGUUUGGAGAAAGUUGUCUUUGACGCUUCAUUAAUAGAAUGGUUCUGUUAUGAAUGCCUACAAAAGCGCAGUGAGAAUACUUGCGUCGGAUCUUUAGAGAAGGUACCAAGUGAAAGACCACCAAGUCAUGCUCAUUUUGGUUCAAUCGUACAUCAGCCAGUCACCAAGAGAGUAGAGUCCACAAGAGAUUCAGGGCCAUGGAAAAAUAGAAAAAGUAAAUCAUUUAUGACCAUAUAUGCAUCUCUGAACAAAAAAUAUUCUUCACAAAAGAAGCGCACUAAAAAUAAGUCAAACAUGCGAAAAAUAUGCAACUGCACGAAUAGAGGACGGAUUGAUAAAAUGUUUGCCGAUACAAGUGCCAAGGCAUCAUAUUCUUGUGAAAUCAUUGAGACAGAAUCAGCUAAGAGCAACAAUGGUAAUAACCAGCAAGUGGAUCAUGAAAACUCUGGUACAUUGAACAUUAAGCAGCCUAGCCCCCUGAUUGUGAAUUGCUUGGGUACAUCGGGAGACACUGACCAGUCUCACAUGUUGGAAACAAUGGAAGAGUUGGCUCGCACAUCAAAGAAAACCCCCAAAAUACUAACAGCAGCAUUCAAAGGAUUAGUUAUGAAUAGAGAGAAUGUGGUUUUAGGAUCUAAUAAGUUAGGGUCAUCAUGUUCCACAGCCGAGCUUGGAAACUUGGCCCUUGAAAAAAGUAGAGACAAAUCGAAUAGCAUGAAGGAUAGUGGUGGAAAUCAUGGCAACCAGACAAAUCAACAUGCUUCAGUUUUCUGCAAGAAUAUGGAAGCCAAGUCUGUAAAGGAUAAAGAAACUGUGGUCGCUGCAGAUCAAAACAAAUAUGGGGCUGUAGGUUUGCUGAGAAACAGCAUGGACAAGUCUGAAGUACAUGGUGAUAGUAAUAGCAAUAGCAAUAGCAAUAGCAAUAUCAUAGAUGGCUUGAUGCCAGAAAGAGAAAAGGAAGAGGUCAGAUUCCAACUAGACUAUAGGGCUAAAUAUGAGUUGCCUCAGAGAAGCAUGGCUGCAGAUGUACCGCAGCUGCCCACUCUGCAAAAUGAUGCUGCGGACAAAGUCACGCCAUACUCACCAAAUGAUGGUUGUGAGGAAGUGUUUUCCUGUUAUGGCAUAAAAAAUAUCCCAAGUGUUCGAGAAAGAAGUGUAGAUUCUGUUGAUAUUUCAAGCAUUUCUCAACAUGAUACCACAGAAGCAUCAGAAAGAAGUGAAAGACUCACUGAACAUCAGAAGGGUAGCUCCCGUCGUCGCGGGAAAACUUUAAAGAUGGCCGCAGCAUCCUCAUCAUCUGAGGAGUCAGGAGAAGACAUUCCCUCAGAAAACCUAUCUUUGGAAUCAGAUGAUCUUCGAUCAUCCCUGGGGGCUGAUUAUGUUUUAUCAUAUAGAACUUAUCUAUCUAAAGCACAAAAGGGUAGAGUAAUGAAGCUUAUCAAGGAAAUUCAACCUGAAUUCACUGCUUAUAUAGCAACCAUGCGGAAGACCAGUGUUCAACCCCCGGGUCCUUAUCUGGGAAUUACCAAGGAAUACGCACUGGCACAUUUCCCAGAUAAAAGCACUAGUGUCACACUUGAGAUGCCUGGCAAGAGCAAGAAGUGGCAUCCCAAAUUCUACAAAAGAAAUGAAAGUAGAAAGAACUUUCUUAUGGGGCAGUGGUUAGACUUUAUCUGUGACAAUCAUGUUCAGGAGGGAGAUAUCGUCCUCCUUUUACCAACAAAAGGUGGGAGGAGAUCCACAUUUACAGUCUAUGUACUUCAUGAAACAGCAACUCAUUCUAGAAGCAGGGCUGGUUUUCAAAGGGUUGGAUCAUGCACUGAUGGACCUAUUACAAAGAUGGCUUCGGAAGUCCAUAUCGAGGAGGAACCAACCACCGGAGAUCAUAUUUCCCAGGAAAGUGACAUGCAUGAAAUUUCUCAUGAAUCUUUAGAGAGCGAAGACUCUGAUCCAUUUCAGCCUCCCUAUUUUGUACCAUGCAAGAGCCCUCUAUCUAAAUCCCAAAAGAGGAUUGUUGAAGAGCGAGUGCGAGCUAUCCGAUCUGAAACUCCCCUUUGUGUAGCAGUAAUGAAGAACAACAAUGUUGGUGUUGCUCAGCGUUGGAUGCUAGAAUUAGGUUCACGAUAUGCUUCGGUAUAUCUUCCAACUAAAGGACAAACCCUGGUGCUCCAGUGUGGGGGGAAGACAUGGGAGGCCAAAAUGAUGUUUCAUAAUGGUAGGAGGUGGUUUAUUAAUGGUGGUUGGCCCAAUUUUGCUCGUGGCAAUGGCCUGCGUGUCGGCGAUAUCUGUCUGUUCGAACUGAAGAAGAAGGAGAAGAAGCUUACCAUGGCAGUGUAUAUCAUUCGCAAGGAGCAGUUUUAGACUUGGUUUGCCGUGGAUGAAAAUGUGGCCCCCUGUUCUUUCGGCUGGUACCUUGGGGGUUUAUUUUUCUCGUUUUGUACUAUAUAGCUAAUCCAUGGUUGUGGCUGACGAUCUCCGGAAGUAUUUAGAAACCAAUCUGUAACGUCUGUUGCUCAAAGUACAUAUAACAGGGCAGAUUUGCUUUGCAUUGCAUGUUGUAAAAAAUUGGGGAGAACACUGAUUGCUCAGUGGCUCUUGCCUUGCUUUAGUUAGGGAAUGAAUCCCCCAGCUAAUCAGUUCAUGAGAA